AUGCCGCUCUAUAACAUCAACAUCACCGGGGACAACGUCAUCCUGAACAUGGCCGACAACUCUCACACACCUGCUGGAUCUGAGUUUGGAGACUUUCUGUUCAGGUUUUCCGUUCCGCCCAGCGAUCGAGAGCGUGAAGUGAAUAUAAUUGUCCGUCAGCGGGCAUCGCGAGACGAGUUCUACGAGGAGAACCAGUCCGUGAACAACCACCAAUGGAACACUGGACUUGCAAUUGCAGACAAGGCGAGUAGUGUUGCUGCACAGAACCGGCUCUACCUUGUUGGAGAGCCGGUUAGUGCGCGUCUCCAGCGAUUCAGCGAGCCCAAUGGGUUCUACUGCAUCAACCCUCGUCUCAACCUUGUCACACCUGGGCGACGCUCUCUGUUUCUCUACGAGCCAGCCCCACCUUUUCUUCUCCCACCAGCACCUCCUCUUGACGUCUUGUGCGAGAACGAGACACUGCUACUGCCCGUCUCCAAUGCCCCUCCUGCAGAUGCGACCCUUGCAGCAAGAGACAACAGAGAUGGAGACGAGACACUCCCAGCGAUAGACGACCACGAUACCACCAUGGUCGCAGACAUCACAGACAUCGAAGAUGACAGCAAGAGAUUGAUUCCAACGUCCACUAGCAGCUUGAUUGACGCGCUCGAACGUACUCACAAGCGCUACAAAAGCCAGCGGUCGGUAGAUAUUACUGGUCUCGACUCCGAUGAGGAGAUCUCCUAA